AUGAGCAUACUCUCCGCUGAAGUAACAGAAUGGGGCCAGGCACCCAAGUCCAUCAAAGUCUCUCCUCCUCCUGCUCCAACCAGCGAGAAAGAAACCCAGAUCAAAGUUCUCGCCACUGGUCUUCAUCAACUUGUGCGCUCCCGCGCUGCUGGGAAGCAUUACACAGCUACUGAGCUUCCUCACAUCCCCGGUGUAGACGGCGUGGGCAUCGAUGUCUCGACAGGCAAGAAAGUCUACUUCUCCCUCCUUGGCACAACACAAGGCAGUUAUGCUGAGGUCCUCAAUGCGCCGUCUCAUAACAUCGUUGAGCUGCCUGAGGGCGUAGACCCUGUUGUUGCAGCCGCUAUGAUCAAUCCUGUCAUGGCGAGCUGGAUGGCCCUGCGCAAGCGCGUGGACUGGUCGGGUAGAGAGGGGAAGCCGUUCAAGGUGUUUAUCAACGGCGUUACAAGCGCAAGCGGCAAGAUCGCUAUCAAAGUUGCUCGCCACCUAGGUGCAUCAUCCGUCGUCGGCGCAGCGCGCAACAGCGACGCCCUAUCCAAGCUCGAUCUCGACGCCGGCAUCGUUCUGCAGGAAACGCCCUCCGAGACGGACUUCUCCUCCGCAGCCGACGCAGACAUCGUUCUUGACUUCCUCUACGGCCCAUGGCCCAGCGCGUAUCUCCUCAGUCCCAGCACAGCGUCUGCGAAGAACCCGAUUACGUGGAUCAACAUUGGUUCCAUGGCUGGUGACGCGGGCGAGAUCUCGGCCAUGGGGCUCAGGAGGCGUGAUGUGACCCUUCGAGGCUCUGGACCCGGAUCGUGGAAUCCCGCGGAGCUCGGGGCGGAGACCGUGGGGAUGCUGAAGGUGCUUGUUGGACAGAGUGAUGAGGGGCUAAAGAAGUAUAGGAUUGAGGAUGUUGAGAAAGGAUGGAGUGAUAAGGGGAGGGAUAGAGUUGUUUUUGUGCUCGGGGAGCAGAGUGCUUGA